AUGGAAGAAUUCUAUGAGUUGUCUAUCAAAAGUCCAGCCGGUGCACCAGACGAGAUAUUUCGUGUGGUUAGAUGCUCGGGGGACUUAGUGAAAGACGAUAAUAGGGAACUUUACGAUUGCAUUAAUUGUACAUUAUUUGAUGUUGAGGAGCUAAAUGCAAAUAAAGUUUUGCUUAACGGUUUUUCGGCUUGGAAAGCUAGUGGGAUCACUCCAAAAUUUUGUCAACGCCAAGCAAAGUUCCAUCAACUGAAGUAUAUCAUGGCUCUUUGCUACAAUCGUGCCAUUGAAGAGCCGGAUAAACUAAACCAGUAUCCUCCAUUCUCUCCUCAGGUCUAUGGGGAAACCUCCUUUGAACUAAUUCAGCAAAUGGUCGACAGUAUUCCCAUUAGCGGCGAAGACACAUUUAUCGAUCUUGGAAGCGGUGUUGGUCAGGUGGUUUUGCAGGUGGCUGCUUCGACUAAUGUCAAGUUCUCCUACGGAAUUGAAAAGGCUGAUUAUCCUGCUCAGUGUGCUGUCCGUAUGGAUAAAGAGUUUCGAAGAUGGAUGGCUUUUUUUGGAAAGACCUAUCAGCCCUAUGAGUUGAUUCAGGGUGAUUUUCUUGCUGAUGACUAUAUUGAUAUAAUCGACGCAUCGACGAUUGUAUUCGCUAAUAAUUUUGCCUUUGGACCGGAGUUGGACUAUCAACUAACACUUCGGUUUUCUCGUCUCUGCGAGGGCGCUAGGGUCAUCUCCUCGAAAUCUUUUUGCGGACGCACCAUUCGCAUGUCUGAUCGCAGGCUUGGAGACCUCAGCUCCAUCAUAAAGCUGACUCUGCUAGACCCCGUUAACGACGGUGUCUCCUGGACGGACAAGCCCUUCAGUUACUAUGUCCACACCAUAGAUAGAUCUCCAUUACUGAAGUACUUCAAUGACCUCAAAAAGGGUCAGCAAGGCCAUAGGACGAAGGAGCGGAAAUCUGCCGGUUCUGCUUCGACCACCGCGGUCACCACCUCGACGUCCAAUUCCAGCGAUGGUUCACAGGCCGAAAGUACAACGCCCUUGAUGUGCGGUGGUGGACAUCCUCGCAUCUCGCAGUCGCGACGUUCUGCCAAUGUCGCCGAGCCUCGUGGCAGUCGCAAGCGCCGGCGAAGGGGUGGUUGUCGUCAAGGCGGCAAAGCAAAGCGAUGUGCCAUGCGUGAGGCUGGUGCGAAGUCCAACACGGCAUCCUUGUCCUCCUCUGCCUUCACGAUGGCAGAGCAUGAUGGAGACGAUGGCGACGACGAGUCUACUAUGGACUCUGCGAAGCCGGCACCACCACCACCACCACCACCACUCCUCCCUCCUCCUCCUCCUCCUCUCGGCAUACUCAAAACCGAAGGAACGGACGAGUUCAGUGGUGAUGUUUCCCGCAUGACUCCCCAGUCGGGUCACUGCCCUCCGCGACCAUUGGGUGACCUCCCAACUUCACCAUCCUCAGUAUCACCAUCUACCUCUUCAUAUUCCCACUCGGACUGCGCCUCUGCUGACUCCGACUUCAAAGUCAAAUUGGAACCAAAGACGGAGCCUUCAAUACCCUCUACCUCUUCCUCUUGGUCGUUCCUUCACGAGGACAAUCCUCAUUGUCAUCAUUUCAGAUUCUCGACGUCGUCGGCUCCACGACGUCAUCCGAAACUGACGAAACGGAUGCUCUUUAGACAGGCUGGACGAAUACGACGUCCAAUGUAUGCUAAAGAGCUACAUAGCAAGGAGGAACACCAAAAUCAGUUGAUGAGCCAUGUCACCAGGCUGGAGGAGACGAUAAAGUCAAUGCAUGAAGAGGGACGGCAGCAACUCGCGGCUUUUACAAAUAAGCUUGGAAUGCUUGUCACCACUCCGGCCACCUUCUUCUCCGAAGCGCGUAAAAUUAUUCGACAUCAUCGCGAUCUUGAGGCGAAGAUGGUGGAACUCCGCGAAGAAUUGGCCCGGCUGGCUGAUUUCCAACGUCGGAUGGCGAUGGGAACCCAACUGAAUUGCGAGCGGCUGGAAUUAGAUGAGGAGGGAGAGGAGGUUGAUUUAGAAGCCACCUAUCGACCAUCGGCUGCAAAGCGUCCUCACUACCCUCCUCAACUCUUUCCUGAGACGGAGAUGACAGUGCUAACUCCGCCUACCCUCCUUCCGACAGAGGAGGACCUGUCUCCGCCACAACUUAUUGCUCCGUCGAUAGCCCCGCCGCGACUUACACCGAUCCCUCGGAUACAUUGCGAAGAAACUCCACCUCCGCCAUCUCCUCAUGCUGACGACGAAGUCUACGAUUUCACUCCUGAAGUUCUUCCACCACUCUACCGUCGUCGAUACUACUCGCUCGAUGCUGUGCGGAUUGAGGAGUUGCAAGCACGCUUACGGCACGCUACGUCAAACAGCAACUCUCCACAGCCAAGUGCUUCUCGCAUUUCCUAG